GUUGUCAUUUGCCCGAAAAUUUCCAAUUAGUGGCGGAAUUGGGCCAAAAGGGGAAUAUUAGUCCUGCAAAAACUCUGGCCACUCAUUCUGCUCUUCUUUGAUUCCACUCUCCACAGUCCACACCAGGGAGGCAGCGACGCCGCCCACUCCCGCACUCCGCCCACGCCGACGUCCACUCCUCCUCCCGCCGACGAUCGAUCCACACGGCAGUCCACUCCUCCUCUCGCCGACGAUCGACCCACACCCACAGUGGUACCACUGGGCUUGACAAUAGCUGAGCUUGGACAUUGAAAAUGGAAGGAUAUCCGUUCGGGCAUCAUCAUCAUCAUGAACAUCACAAUCCCAGGGAUGGAGAAGAAUACCCACCACCAGCGCCUCCUCCUAGCUUCAGAGAUGAUGGACCUCCACCUCCUCCUAGCUUCAGAGAUGAUGGACCUCCACCUCCUCCGCCGCCUUCAUAUUACGGAGACUAUGAUCCACCACCACCACCGCAAGUAAACCCCCAUCAUCCUGCGUAUCACAGUGGAAGUGGAGGCGGAGGAUCGUAUGAUGCCCCCCCGAUCUCAGAUUUUCAUUCUCAACCACCACCAUCCCAGAACUUCAAUUAUUCGUCAUCGGGUCACGGUUACCCUUCCCAACAACCUGCAGAUCGGACUGAGUAUACUACGGUGGUCCAUCAUGAACGUGUCGAAUCGGAAGGGCAUCACUCCUAUCGCCCUCAUCUCCCAUCGUUCCUUCACCACCAUGAACAUCAACAGGGCUCUGCCGCUGGUAAGCCUACUGUUAGGGUCUUCACCAAGGCCGAGGCUAAUUAUUCUCUCACUGUCCGUGACGGAAAGGUCAUUCUUGCCCCUUCCAACCCCUCCGAUCCCUUCCAACACUGGAUCAAGGAUGAGAAGUACAGCACAAAAGUCAAGGACGAAGAGGGCUUUCCCAGCUUUGCUCUAGUGAAUAAGGCCACUGGUCAGGCCAUGAAGCACUCUAUUGGCGCUACUCACCCUGUGCAGCUGAUACCUUAUAAUCCAGAUGUUCUCGAUGAGUCGGUAUUGUGGACGGAGAGCAAGGACUUGGGUGACAGUUAUAGAACUGUGAGAAUGGUUAAUAACAUUCGCCUCAAUGUUGAUGCUCUUAAUGGUGAUAAAAACCAUGGAGGCGUUCGCGAAGGCACUACUGUUGUUCUUUGGGAAUGGAAGAAAGGAGACAAUCAGCGGUGGAAGAUCAUUCCCUACUGUAAGUCAUUGAACCUCUUUUCCUCAUUCGUGGAUUAUAUCUGCCGUUCAGGGAGCCUCUCAUUUGUCUUUUGCUAUUUGAUCUCUUUCUGGAUGUCCUUUUUGCAGGAUGUUGUGGAGUUCCAAGUAUGGAAGCUCAGUUGCAAUCUAUAUGGAAGACUUCAUAGAAUAUGCUAGUGUACUCUUCAUGAGUAGUUUGUGUGUUUCUAUCUAUGCUGUUUGGAAAUCUUUGUUGGUGAUGAUUCUUCUGCUACCGUUAUUAGGUACUUGGUUUUGGUUUGUUGUGUGCUCUCUCUUGGGCGAUGGUUUGUUGUGUGCUCUCUGUUGGGUGAUGGUUUGUUGUGUGCUCUCUCUUGGCUUUCCCAACUGCCAAAAGAUAAAUUUAAGUAAAGUGGAGUUGGAAACAUAUUUCGAUUGCCAUCAUUGAAUGUAUAAUAUUAAGUUGUGGAAA